CCCAAUCUUAUCUUAUCGCCGGGGGUCAGUGCGGACUCAAUAUCCUCAAACAGCACCUAUACCCGAUUACUAUCAGCUAAGUCCGAUGUCCGAAAGACUGAGCCCGAGACCUUCCGUCAUCAGCUGUGCGCCGAGCCAGAGUCAAUGCGAUCCUCAUCGAUAACUUAGUUCGAUUCCAGCCUAAACUCAUAAACCAUGCCUCCCCACGCCAUAUCAAACAAUCCACGCACACUUCUCCUCACGAUUGACGCCUUCGGCACCAUCUUCCACCCCCGCAAACCAGUCCCGCAACAAUACGCGUGCGCUGCGCAUCAAUUCGGCCUGUCGCGCUCUACCGUCACCUCCGACCGCCUUCAAUCCGCCUUCAAGACUGUCUUCAAAGCCCAAUCCAAAGCCCGUCCCAACUACGGCCGUGCUGACGCCCUUCGUGGAGAGUAUGGUGGGCCAAGACAAUGGUGGGAAGAAGUGAUCCGGGGGAGCUUCGCUCGUGUCUUGAAAUCGUCCCCUGCCGCUUCGUCACCUACUCCUUCAACGGCAAACACACUACCUGACGGUCUCGUGCAGCACCUUCUCCACCGCUUCGCGUGUCGGGAUGGCUACGUGCUGGAUGCAAACGCUGACGCCUUCUUCACGCGGCUCCGCCAUAUCAAAAGCACCAAGACGCGGUUAGGCCCGUUCGAUCGCGUUGUGGUCGGUGUGGUGUCCAACUCCGACGACCGGGUACCUGCCGUGCUGGAGUCCCUGGGUCUGAGUGUGGGGAUGUGUCGGGCUGAUGAGGAUGUAUCGAGUACACAACUCCCUGGUUUCGAGAUGCGCGAUCGCCCACACAGUCGGAAACCGGCAGACAACUACGGCGAUGGAGAGAUCCAUGAUCUAGACCUGGUGAUUACCAGCUACGAGGCUGUAGCGGAGAAGCCAAGCCCGAUCAUCUUCGAGGUGGCCCGGCGCCAAGCCAUGAAGUUGGUCGGGGCCAUAGACAGCGACCGAAGCAACUGGGAGUGCAUUCAUGUGGGUGACGAUUACGACAAGGACUAUCGCGCUGCGAUCGAUGUCGGUUGGAAGGCCUUCUAUAUUCCCCUCGAAGAUGACGCGAAGACGCCGGUCCAAGUGAGAAAGACUGGGUCGCUGUUGGACGUGUUAACCGAGCUGCAGCGGCGAGGAUAGGACCGGCGGCAUAGUUGUACUAUCCCCAUACUUGCUUCCUGGCAGUAAGUCCCUGAGAGCUGAACACAAGUAGAGUAAUGGCUCCUGUGUCUGUGUUAUUAGCCCCUUAAUCCUUACUCCAAAGCUUCUCUGGUUGUACUGUACAAUCUUGCUCCGCCCUGUUCCAGGCUUCAGCACAGCAAUUGCAAUGUGGCGAAGACAGUGGAUGUGGUCACCCGCACCACGCGCCCGGCCCAGCCCAAUCCACCCCGCACAAUCAUAAAUUAUGCUUCUCGCACUGUUCUCUGCGAUUAGUGCAUUGUCCAAUCAACCUCAACCAUGGGGCACUCUCGAGGGUGGAGUGAAUGUCAUCCAGGCAUCACUCCGCAGAU